AAGUGUAAUAUAAAGAUGGAAAAAUAUUUAAAAACGAUAAAAAAUAGCAUUAUAUGCCGAAAAAAAAUCAUAGCUGAACUGUAUUCUUUAAUUGGUACAGCAAAUGAGCCAAUGCCAGAAAGUAUAUUUAUAUAUGGUCAUAUGGCUACUGGAAAAUCAUUGAUUGUACAAAGUUUACUUGAUUAUUUAAAGUAUAAUGUUAGCUAUAUUAACUGUAUGGAGCAUUUAGGCAGUAAACAUAUAUAUAACUAUAUAUUAAGCGAUUUAACUGCAUUUUCAAAAGAAUCGAGUACUGAUAUGUUACUGAAAUACAAUUGCGACAAUAUUAUGGAUUUUAUACUCGUGCUUAAAAAAAUUUUUCACAAAGAUACACGUCCAAUUGUAUUAGUAUUUGACAAAUGUCAUAGAAUAAGAAAUUUUGAUGUAACUUUUUUACCAGCGGUCUUAAGACUUAGAGAACUGUCCUGCGUUAAUAUAUGUACAAUUUUUAUAAGCGACAUAACAUGGGAUAAUUUUAAUACUAAGAUAGGUAUGUUGAAGCCUAUAAAGAUAUAUGUUCCACAAUACACAAAGGAAGAGUUAGUACAAUUGUUAUUAUUAGACAAGUUAGCGAAAUACGAUGCAGACUUUUAUAAGAAUUAUUUGAAUCUCUUUCUUUCCGUAUUCUUUCGAUUUUGUAGAGAUCUGAAUGAACUUCGACACAUGGCCAAGAUAAAUUUUGCCAAAUAUGUAGAACCUGUAGAAAAUAAGCGUAUUGAACCAGAUAAUGUUGCUGCACUGUGGCGUAAUAUUUCCCCUAUUUUGAAAUCUAAUUUAGAAAUAAUUUAUCUUAGAGUUUCCACGAACGAUUUUUUACAACCUGAUCAUCAAAUAUCUCAAGAAAUUGAGUCGACGACAAAAUUAGCUUUGAGUUUCGAAUUACCAUUUUACGCAAAAUAUAUGCUAAUUGCAUCAUAUUUAGCUUCGUACAUUCCUGCAAAAUAUGAUAAAGAUAUUUUUAUGAAACAACGUAGUAAGAAAAAGAAAAAAGUACGGUCAUUUAAGAAAUCGGGAAAAAUAGAUUCGCAAAAGAAAUCUUCGGCUUUUACCAUCUCGAGGAUGCUUGCGAUCUUUUGCGCUAUUCUUGAGGAAAAAGUAGACAUCAAUGCUAAUUUGCUCGCUCAAAUAUCUACCAUGUGCCAACUUGGCUUAUUGUCUGCGGUUGGAGAUAAUGUUUUGCAGUUGGACGAACCAAAAUUUAAAUGCUGUGCUAGCCACGAUUUUGUUACAGUUGUAGCUAAAACGGUUGGUCUUGAUAUGAAAAAUUACUUAAGUGUGAACGUAUAAAUUAAAUGCACUUGACAUACAUGAUUCAUGUUUAGUUAUAAUGUUUGUUUAUUUUCAUAGCUUUACCUAAUGCUCUUAUUAAAUUUUGAUUAUAGAAGACUUUAGUGAUGUA